GCUCCGCAGCCGGCAGCGGGACACCAGCGCGGCGGCGGCGGCGGACGGGCUGGCGGGCAGCGCGCUCUCGGCCUCUCCUCCGCGUCCCCGCAUCGCCGUGUGCGCGCUCCUCCGGAGAGGACCUGGAGGAAGCAGGUGGUUUUCUAGAAGAUGACCAUAGAAGACCUUCCAGAUUUUCCAUUAGAAGGAAAUCAUUUGGUUGGAAGAUACCCAUUUUUAUUCCCAGGUUCUGAAACACCAGUUAUCUUUUCCAUUUCUGCAGCACCAAUGCCUUCAGACUGCGAGUUUUCUUUCUUUGAUCCUAAUGAUGCCUCAUGCCAAGAAAUUCUCUUUGAUCCCAAAACAUCAGUCUCCGAAUUAUUUGCUGUUUUAAGGCAAUGGGUUCCUCAGGUCCAGCAAAACAUCGACAUUAUUGGAAAUGAGAUUCUGAAAAGAGGCUGUAAUGUGAAUGACAGAGAUGGACUGACAGAUAUGACUCUUUUACAUUAUACCUGCAAGUCUGGAGCGCAUGGCAUUGGUGAUGUUGAGACGGCGGUGAAGUUUGCAGCUCAGCUCAUUGAUCUGGGAGCAGAUGUAAGCUUGCGAAGCCGCUGGACAAACAUGAAUGCUUUGCACUAUGCUGCGUAUUUUGAUGUUCCAGAACUUAUAAGCCUGAUUUUGAAGACAUCAAAACCAAAAGAUGUGGAUGCCACUUGCAGUGACUUUAGCUUUGGGACAGCUUUGCAUAUUGCAUCAUAUAACUUGUGUGCAGGAGCCGUGAAGUGCUUGCUAGAGCAUGGAGCCAACCCUGCAUUCAGGAAUGACAAAGGACAGAUCCCUGUGGACGUUGUUCCGGACCCCGUGGAUAUGCCCUUAGAAAUGGCCGAUGCAGCUGCCACUGCGAAGGAAAUCAAACAGAUGCUCUUAGACGCCGUGCCACUGUGCUACACUGCCCCGAAGGCCAUGUUUCCAAGCCAUGAUCACAGCACCAGCAAGGCCAUGCUGACAUCCCUUGGCCUGAAGUUGGGGGACCGUGUCGUCAUUGCAGGACAGAAGAUUGGUACAUUAAGAUUCUGUGGAACAACUGAAUUUGCAAAUGGCCAGUGGGCUGGCAUUGAAUUGGAUGAGCCAGAAGGCAAAAAUAAUGGAAGUGUUGGAAAAGUCCAGUACUUCAAAUGUGCCCCCAAGUAUGGUAUUUUUGCACCUCUCUCAAAGAUAAGUAAAGCAAAAGACCGAAGGAAGAACAUAACACACACUUCCUCCACAAAAGCUGUGCCUCUUACCAGGUCCCUGAAGGUGGAUGUGGCUCCUGUCGCUGCAAAAGUGAACUCUGGAGUGAUGUCAUCAAAGAAAGAGAACACUUCUGAGUGUGCCCUGACAGGGCCUCCCAGGAGGGAACCCAACGCAGCCACCGAGAAAGAUGUUUCCCUGCAUGGAACCAUGAGCAGCUCCUCCUCCACGUCUUCUUUGGAACAUAAACAGAAUGUCUCCAAGAAAACGAACUCAAGCAACAGUAGCAAGAAGACCACAAGCAAAAGCCCUUCUCUGUCCUCCAGAGCCAGUGCUGGUUUGAAUUCUUCAACAACAUCUGUAGCAAAUAAUCCCCGCCGCGAAGGAGAACUCCACCUUGGAGAUCGAGUGCUGGUGGUAGGCCAGAGAGUUGGUACCAUUAAAUUCUUUGGGACAACAAACUUUGCUCCAGGGUAUUGGUAUGGUAUAGAGCUUGAAAAACCUCAUGGCAAGAACGAUGGUUCAGUUGGAGGUGUGCAGUAUUUUAGUUGUUCUCCAAGAUACGGAAUAUUUGCACCCCCAUCCAGGGUGCAAAGAUUAACGGAUUCCCUGGAUACUCUUUCAGAAAUUUCAAAUAAACAGAAUCAUUCUUAUCCUGGGUUUAGGAGAAGUUUCAGCACAACGUCUGCCUCGUCCCAAAAGGAGAUCAACAGGAGAAAUGCUUUUGCCAAGUCGCGGACGGCUCUGCGGCGCAGCUGGAGCAGCGCCACCGCGUCGGGCGGGCUGGAGGGCGGCGUGAAGCUGCAGGAGGGCGCGCAGGUCCUGCUCACCAGCUCCAAUGAGAUGGCCACCGUUAGGUACCUGGGCCCCACCGACUUCGCUGCAGGCAUCUGGCUGGGACUGGAGCUCCGGAGCGCCAAAGGGAAAAACGAUGGCGCCGUGGGUGACAAACGCUACUUCACUUGCAAACCAAACCAUGGAGUCCUCGUGAGGCCCAGCAGGGUGACCUACCGAGGGAUUAAUGGGUCAAAGCUGGUGGAUGAGAACUGUUGACUUAGAGUUCUAGAGAGUUUGAUGACAGUGUGUGUGGGUGUGUACACACACAUAUGCACACUCACAUGCACAUACACAUGCACACACAUGCACAUACAUAUGCACACACAUGCACAUGCAUACAUAUGUAUAGUAUAAAAUACAGUCUAUGGCUAAUGGCUGCUUUAUCUAGUUCAACUAGCCAUUAUUUAAAAAAGGUAUAAUUACCGUCCUAAAAACCAUUAUUGUAAUUAAGAAAGAGUCUGUAGGUCACAAAUAGGAACUUUGAAAAAUCAUGGUUCUUUUAAAUGCAAUUUCAAAACUAAAAAAAAGCACUUUUAAAAAGCUUUAAAAGCUUGAUGUCCCAGGAAAAUCCUGGAACUUUUUUUUCCCCCCAAAAGACAGAAAAACACCCUGCUAGGUGAUGGGCCGAUUUUCCUCCUAUGUUUUUCGUGCACAUGAUGUUGGAGUCUCCCCAGUGCUGUAAUUGUGAAAAGAUGUUCUGCAUGCCCUCUUCCUGUCAAGUGUUUUUGGACUUUUUCUUUCUGUCUGUGCGUUGUUUGUAAUAAGUGUUUUAAGGGAAUGGUAACUUGGUGCCUGGUGUGUGUUUUUUUUUUUUCUUCUAUUUUGUGGUUGUCACUUGUGCUUUGAGGAAAGGCUCAUGGAAAGCUGUGUUAGACUUUGAGUGGUGAAUGAACUGUCUGGCUCUACUUCUCACCUAAUUGCCAAAUAGCCAGCUAACUAGUUGGUUAACAGAACUAAGACUAAAUGGGGGAUGGUUUCCUAACUUUUAGCUCAGAACUCUGUUCCUCUGUGUAGCGUGAUAUUUUCAUUCUUGUUGGUCAACCGUCUCGUGUAUGAACUACAAACCACCAAUAUUAAGAUUUAUGAAUUUUUGCACAUACUUAUUUUAUUUCUUCAUUGGAUUUAUCUAUAACACAAACACAUAGCACUUUUUAAAACAUGAUGCUACUGGUACAGUGCUCAUGCCUGGGAUCCCAGCUGUGUGGGAAGUUGAGAUUGAGAAGAUAAGGGUUCGAGGCCAGCUUGGGCAAAAAGUCGACCAGACACCAUCUCAACCAAUAAAAAGCUUGGUUUGAUAUUAUACUUGGCAUCUCAGCAAUGUAGGAAGAAUAAAUCAGAGAAUGGUGUGCCAGGCUAUCCUUGGCAUUAAUGCAAGACCCUUUUCUGAAAAAUAAUGAAAACAAAAAGGGUUAGGGGCAUGGACUCAAGGGGUAGAGCACCUGCCUAGCAAGUGCAGGGCCCUGGGUUCAAACCUUAGUGUCACCAAAAAAAUAAAAAUAAAAUAGAUAAAUAUAAGAUGCACUUUCACCUUUUGGAGAUAUAAAGGGCAUUUUGUAUUUGGUUAUUUGUGUAAAUGUUCAUGUUUUUUGAACUUUUCAUUCUGGUGUGUUUGCUGUGGUCACUGUUUUCUGUUUCUAGUGUUGGGAGAGUUUGGCGGUUAUAAGACUGCUGAAUUUUGUUGUGUUUUCAUUUCUCUUCCUGAGCACAUGUUAACAAACUAGGCUUCAUAACAGUGAUGUAACCUUGUCUCGUUGAUGUAUAUUGAAACUUCUGUCCUAUAUGUGUAAAGAUUUAUCUUUUAUUGUAAAUAUUUAGACCUAAAUCUACUACUGAAAUAUUGGAACAGUUUGCUUUAUAAGAUUAAAAGUAUCCUUCAGAAUGGAGCUUGCUUUGUGCUUAGAAAUAUAACAGGCUGAACUAUUUUGCAAUAUAUGGUUUUAAAUCAAAAUUCUGUCACUUGGUUGCCUUUUUUUUUUGAGUGUGGUAUUUCAAAUACUGUUAGACUUAUUUUCCUGAAAUGCACUUGCAAAAUAAGGCUGCUUUAUAACCAAGGAAUAUUUUUAUUGAAUGAAGAAAAUGACUGUGCUAUGAUUCAAAGUAAACUUAUUUUAUUAUAUAGAUUAUUUCUUUAAAAACUAUUUAUACCUUAAUAUGAAAUCCAUGAGUAGAAUGAACUUGAGUGACCAUAAUUCUUCCCAUUAAAUAUAAAACAGUGUAAGUUAGAAAGUCAUGCCAAUGCUGAGUGGAUUUUGGAGGUUAAAAAAAAAACCAACCCACAAUUGUUCUCUUCAUAUUUAGAUUAGGAUGAUUAAAUCCAUGUCAUGUGUAUGUUUACAUAAACUAUCCAUACAAAUCAGUGUUUUCAUUUGUAUUUCGCCACUGAAAUGAAAUUAAAUGCCACUGAACGUUUACUUCUUGAGCAUUAAUAAAAGGGAAGCUGUCUGGUUUUGCAUA